ACUCUACUGUCUGAAGCAGAACAAAAGGAUUCAGACGCAGAUGAGCUGCGCAAAGAAAAACCCGAGAAUCUCCCGCCGAAUCUGGCUCGCAAUGUGAGAGAAUUGACUGAGCGUAUUGCGCACAUGCGCACUCGAAUCCAGCGGAGAACAUGCUGGCUACGAGACGUGGAGGACCUCAUCAUUCUGUUUCGUCAAGAAGCCCAAGAUACCGAGCGCUGGAUGACCUCAAUCAAUUUCAAACUUAUAUCACCCACAGGUCAACAAGGGGGUGCGCUGGACACAACACCGCGAACACUAACUGGCGCACUGCCUUCUUCAGGCAUGGAAGCCGUCACCAAAUUUACCUCGCACGAGGUUCUUCUCAAAGAGAUUGGCGCGGAGGGCAAGAAGCAUAUCACACGGGUGCAUGAUUUGGCACAUGAACUUGUUCACUCCGCGUUGAAUGAUAAUGCGACCGGAUUGGACGGAUCCCGAUGUCCACAACUCGGCACAUGCGAUGUGACCGGGUGUGAUUUGCGUGAGGUCCCAUUCAAUCCGCAGACCAUUGCCACAUUGCACUAUCUGGUUCAACCGAAUGCCCGUCCCCUUGGUCUGAUCGCGUUGGACAGUGUUCAACGAGCACACGAGUUAGAACUGAACCACGCGAAUUUGCAUGCCACAGCGAUGGCAAUUCAGAGUCGAGUAGAGGAACAACGGUCUCGCUGGAAAGCAUACGUUCGCCUGCUGCACUCCAUUGCACUGGCACUGGCCAUGGAUUUGCCUCAGUGGUGGUCAAAACAGUACGGCGAUCAGCCUCGCUCCGGGACUGCUGGCGCGGCAGCCGCCAGUGCCCCAGUCAACUCCUGCCCCUUCCAGCUCCGUGCAGAUUUGAACCGAUCGGACUAUUCCUUGCCGUAUUUGAGCGGCCAGUUGGAGCACCUGGCUUUGACAGCCACGGAUCAAACUCCGGCACCCAAAGCAAAUAGCUUAGCUGAGGUUGAUCAGUUGCUUGAAAGUAACACGGCGAUGGAGACGCAGUUGAACGCCUACCGGAAAGAGUUAGCAAAAUACAGUCGUAACGAAACGGGCCGUCUGGUAGGAUUUGACGAGCAGCCGAUCGAUGUGCGUGGGUCGAUGGGUAGCCCGACACAUAUGGAACAAAUGCCGGUGGACCAACUCUACCAACGCGUGAAUGCGGCAAUUGAACGAGAAAGUCGUAAAGUGAGCGGUCUAUUGUAA